UGCCCUUAAGGCCGCCGCCGUGCCGCCGGCGCCUCGCCCCCCACGGGGCGGUUGCGGGCGGGCGACGCAUCCCCGUGUGGCCCUCACCGCACACUGCCGGCCGGAGAGGCGGGGGUGGCUGCGGCGGGGAAAGGAGCAGGGGCCGGCCAGCCGCUCGGCUAAAAACAGCCCUCGCCUAAUAAAGCGAUGGGGCCGAGUGCCCGCGCCCUAUAAAUACGCUCGGUGCACGGCCCGCRGGCUUUGGCCGGCGUGGCUCGGCUCGGCUCUGCAGGCGGCACGGUGCAGCCAGCGCAGCGGGGCCGCCACUGCCGCCGCCUCUGCCGCCAGGACAGCCCCAGCCCCCGCAGCCUGACACCCCAGCAAGAUGCCCCGGGUAGACGCAGACCUCAAACUGGACUUUAAAGAUGUCCUGGUCAAACCUAAAAGGAGCAGCCUCAAAAGCAGAUCAGAGGUCGACCUCACACGCACCUUCACCUUCCGUAACUCCAAGCAGACAUACACAGGAAUUCCCAUUAUAGUGGCAAACAUGGACACUGUGGGGACAUUUGAAAUGGCUGUGGUUAUGGCAAAACAUGCAAUGUUCACUGCAAUUCACAAGCAUUAUUCUCUGGAAGAAUGGAAACUGUUUGCUGCCAAUCACCCAGAAUGCCUUGAGCAUGUAGCAGCAAGCUCAGGUAGCGGACAAGAUGAUUUGAACAGGUUGAAAAGUAUUCUAGAGGCCAUUCCACCUAUCAGAUUCAUCUGCCUGGACGUGGCAAAUGGCUAUUCAGAGUAUUUUGUGGAGUUUGUGAAGUCUGUCCGUGCCCUGUUCCCCCAUCACACCAUUAUGGCAGGCAAUGUGGUGACAGGAGAGAUGGUAGAAGAACUUAUUCUUUCUGGAGCAGAUAUUAUUAAAGUGGGUAUUGGACCAGGUUCUGUGUGUACCACUCGGAUUAAGACAGGGGUGGGCUAUCCACAGCUAAGUGCUGUUAUUGAGUGUGCAGACUCAGCACAUGGCUUGAAAGGACAUAUCAUCUCUGACGGAGGAUGCAACUGCCCAGGAGAUGUCGCCAAAGCGUUUGGAGCCGGUGCUGACUUUGUCAUGAUUGGAGGAAUGUUUGCAGGCCAUGACCAGAGUGCUGGAGACAUUAUAGAAAAGAAUGGAAAGAAGGUGAAACUAUUCUAUGGAAUGAGCUCUGAUACAGCCAUGAUGAAGCAUGCAGGAAGGGUUGCUGAAUACAGGGCUUCRGAGGGCAAGACUGUGGAGGUACCAUACAAAGGGGAUGUGGAACACACCAUCCUGGACAUCCUUGGGGGGCUGCGCUCCACCUGCACCUACGUGGGAGCUGCCAAACUCAAGGAACUGAGCAAGAGAACGACGUUUAUCCGGGUCACCCAGCAGCACAACGAGGUCUUCUCCUAGCCUAGACCUAGGGGGCUGGAGAGAGGGGUGGGGGAGAAGAGCACGAAGGGCAGCUCUUUUCCUUUGCUUUCUCCUCCAUAUUGUGUUAGCGGCAAACUUCCCUCUGUCAGAAUGGCAGUGUCAUAGCCAUUCAAGGGCCUAUGGCUGGGAUUUGGAAGGGGAAGGUCAUGCUGUUAACACAGUGCCAUUGAUUCAGAAUGCAAUAGCCUCAUCUUUUAUUGUUGUGCCUAUUUUAGUUUUUAAUCAACAUUUCUUCACCUGUUUUUUUCCCCCUCUGAAAAAUAGCUGCUGAAACCUCAAUUAACAAGGAAUWUGCUUGUGCAGACAUGGCUAUUAACGCCUACACACAUUCACACAUUCCUUUUUUUAAGACUGACCUAUCAGCUACCACCUCUUUCUGGCAGUGCACCUCUCAGAAAUUGCAGGCUGGGAGAGAARGAGAUGCAAAGAAUUGCAUAGAGAAAUUAAAAAAAUUAAAUUCUCCUAAUCUUUUUCCUGGCCAAAGAGUGGAUGUUGGGGCACAGCUGCCAGCCUGCAGAAUGUCAGAGGUGGAUGGUAGAUGAGGCCUGGCUGCUGAUGACAUGUGAUGCUAAAAAUGCCAGAUCUCUAUCACACUUAGUUCACAGGGCUGGUAUUGCUUUCUUACUUAAAUAUCCCUAUUCAAUGGGCUUGCCUUUUCAAAUAAGCUGGCACUGAAUGUAUCAAAACUGUGCUGGCCCUCCUGCCCCCAUCUGAGGAGAUCACUCAGGUGAACACUUUUCAGAGCUUGCCUGCUUUUUCAUGAGUGCAGUUAAUKAAUUACCUGAGUUCCUGCUUUUACCUGCUCUCUGGGAACAGGUUGUUAAGAAACUCAGCAACCGUAACCCUGACAAGGAGAGACGGUUCUUGCGGUUCUCCCUGUUCCCUUGCCUGCUCACGUCCAUUUAGCAAAAAGACAUAAAAAUACUGUGCAGUGCAUUGUCUGUAGCCAGGUGGAGGAGGCCAGAGGGAUCAAAUUGCCUUCUGGUUAUGUGGUACCACUUAUUUGCCGUCCUUGACACCAUGUAAAGCAAGACAGAGCUUUUGGCAGAACAGUCUUGUCUGAUUACAAGACACUGCCACGCUGGGAUGGAGUUAAAGCAUUUGCUCUWAAGGCAGUAAUGAAUGUUUGAGACUCUGGGUAACACUUCAGUAAAGUGUAAUGGCCUGCUAAUUAAUUGAUAAAUCACAACAAAAAUUUCUUUGGAAAUACACAUGGCAUCCACAUGAAUACCAUAGUAGCUCAUUAUGAUAAAUGAUGUAAAAGUGAGCACCAAUGAAUUAGUAAUGCUUGGCCACUUACUUUAAACCGCUGCUGAGAUCAUAAUGUGGCUGAUGUUACUUCAGUACUUCAGAGUUUUACUUCCCCUUCCUGUAGACAUCUGUGGAAAGAAGCAGGCUUCCUUUGAAAAGCAAAAAAGUAAUCUGUAGGAAAAGGAAUAGUAAAGAGAGACUCUAGAAUUAAAAGUCAUAGGCUGGACUGCUGAAAGAGCCAUGCAUGAGGACUGGUACAAUGGACCGCGCAGAGAAGCAAAUCCAGGCCACAGGCUGAUCCCUGGUGAUUUUGAAGUGUGUUGUGCACAUUAGAAAAAGCACAGGAUAUUUUUUAAAUUGCCCARUAUUUUAAAUGUCUUCCAUUUAACAUGUAGGACAUACUUCUUAAUUGUGGGAUGACCUCUUCUUCUGCUUUGGAAGUGGACAAGGGCCUUAAUGUGAGCACAGGUCAUGCUUGCACUGGCUGCAAGGACCAUUUGUCCUGCCCACAUAUAAUAAAGAAAUGUGAAUGCAGAAGGUCCCAUGAAUCCAGGCCCAGAUCUCAGUUCCCUCCAGCCUGGAAGUCUCAUUUUAAGAAAAUGCCAGGCUUCUUUACACAAAAAGGCACUGCGAGCCACUACUGCUUUCACCUGCACUAGGCCCAGAGCAUGGGCAGCAACCUCUCUGCAUCAGUACAACUUUAGGACAGCGCUGUUCUUCUAUUAAUAUGCUGUAAAGGGGAGGGGGGACAGAAGCAAAUGGACACCUUUGUCAGGAGUGGGGUUAGACCACCAGGGCCCAGGCCUGACCACAGGUGUGUCUCCACACUGGUGCCUUCACAUGUGGGAAGCGCAGCACUCUGCUGGUCCCAUGCCCACUCUCGCUAGCGCUUUUCUACUUUUUUUAGCUACAUUUCUAAGUGGAAUUUAAGAAAUACAUAGGCAUAGAAAAAUAUAUGUAUUUAUAAACCUUUUUUUAAAAGAUCAUGCACACACCAAACCGAGCAGCUUUAUUAUACAUCCUUAGAACAGUUUCUUUUCCAAAGGGCAGGUUCUGGGGCGCAAGGGGAAGCUGCCUCUUCACAAAUGUGGCAAAUGGGGCCACUCUUACACCUGCUUUCCUUCCCCUCCUGCACAUACCUCUGAUCACUGAAUAAUAGGACAGGGAUAGGCUAAUCUUAAAUUGUACCCCAAAUUCUUCAGGCUGUGAACGACAUUGAUGCCAUGAAUAGUGACUGAUAAAGUUUUGACUUGAARUGUUUGGUUUUCUGAACAGCAGGUCUUACCAUUGUUUUGAUAAGCAGCAUGUUUUCUUUUAUUUUCUUCUUUCCAGAAGUGAGCAGGAGAAAGAAGUGAGAUGCAGAAAGGCUGAACUGGUGGCAUGUCUGCAUCUCGCCUAGUUACAUGUGAAUUUUGUUCAGGAAAAACCCUCAGCUAUGUCAGUGCUCACCAYUGACACUGUGCAGCUCUGAGACAGGCUGGAAAACUUAAAAAAAAAAAUAAAAAGAGUUUGAGUCGUUCUUUUAACUCCUAUUCCUGUGCUGCAGUAGCUGCCCUUAUCUACACUUAGCUAGGUUAGCUCCAGGUCCUGUACCCUGCUCAAGCCUGCUGYCACUCCCACAAGGAACUGAGACAGGGAGCUGGGAACACACUUUGUUUUGCAGGAUAGUGCAAGUCAAGACCACAACCACUGACAAAUGCCAUGUGCCAUUUGUGGAUCUACCUCACCUGCACGUCUAACUAGGUUCUUUGUUACUCAGUGUCCUGUAGGAAAUGAAAUUUGUAAGUACUUAAUAAUGCUUAAUGUUGAGUGAUUCUGCAAGACCAGGUCUUCUCUAAACCUACACCCCAACCCCAUCCUGUGCAGAGGAAUGCUGUGAGUGUGACAGCCUGUGCUGUAGGCUGAGGCCAUUCCUGCUUCCCCCAGCCAGGCAAUUGCUGAGCUCCCAAGCAAUGUUGAGGUUCGGYCCACUAGCUUCACAGUGGUGCAGUUUAACAUACCAAAGACCUACAAGUGGGGAUGGUGAAAAGGAUAACAUGCAUCAUUAAAGCAAUCCCUGCUGAGCAUGUCUGCCUGUGGCUUCUUGAAGUACAAAGACACCUCUGACAUCCCUGGCGCACACAGUCCUGCUCUGGGGUUGCCUUGCUGCAGCACGUUUUGCGCGGUGGGCUCCUGCCCACACAGCCUGGCUUAGUGGAACUUCCUUGGGAGGGAAGGGUUUGGCACAGGAGCAGCCUUGCUCUCUCCGCAGUGACUGUGGUUGCAAGGCSUGCAUGUGGACACCUCUUUGUAGGUGUGAGGCCAGUUGUUCAAGGGUUGGGCCUUGGACCAGCAUCCUGACAAGCAAAGCAAGGCAUGCAGGUCUCUGUUCUCUGGACAAAAUGCACUCCCAUCUGCUCAUUGGAACAGCCAGUCCCCGUGGGCCAUGGGGGGCGGGGGCUUUCUUGGUGUGAUUUUCUUCUCCAYUGGGGCAUGGUGGGGUUGAAUGUAGGAUGGGGAAACCCUGUAAAUAUGGAGAGUUGUAAGCAUUUGGGGGAGCUCUUUCCAUACAAAAUGUGCCUGUAUCUUCCUUUCAGCUAGUCAGUAGCAGAGGUUUAAAGGAUGGGGAUAAGGAAGAAAUGCAGCAGCUGUUGGCCAAGCCCACUGUGUUGGGACAGGKGCUUUCAGUCAAGGACACGAUGAGAAUUUGAAACUUUCCUGAACGAAGCACUCCCUACUUUAUACCUAUUGAACUCCACUUUUGUGACAGACUUGUUGUUACAGCUUUCUGCCAAUGUAUGUACAAUGUCUAUCCAUCACCAUCUCACAUCGUCUUCAGGGGAUGCUGCUGUUUAGUUGCUAAUACCAGUUUGUACCAAAAAUUCUUUUCUGGAGCCAGGAGGGCUUUUGCAACCAGUGUCAGAUUUGGCCUUGUGUCAAAGAGAGGGGAUAAAAAGAGCCAAGGCCCAAGAUCAGUGGUUUGUCCUCCGCAGCAACCAGGGCCAGCAGGUGGGAGAGGGCCAGCCUUUCCCAGUGGACUGGGAGCUGCUGGGGGCAGGGGUGUCUUGAGUAGAGGCUGGCACAGCUCUGCACCCCUAACACAGGGUGGACCACUCCCAGCAGUCUUCCCUUCACUUGUGGUCACCCAGGUGCUUAAGUGAGCCCUCCCUAGCAUGUGAGCCAGUGUUUACUGGCUGAAGUUUUCAGACAUAAAUCAGUAAUUCAGAGUCCAGAACUCCCUGGCAUUGCUUCUGAUACCUGUGAAAUGCUUCUGUGUAAUUGGCCAAAAAGCUGAUGAGCUUUCAGCAUUUUGCUGCCCUGCUCGGCCCUGCUGAGAUGGUGAUGAGAGUGCUGCUCCCCUUCCCUCUGCUGUGGCAUCCAUGUGUGCAUGGUGCAAUCAUCCAAACUGCUCUGAAAUUUUUGUUAUGCAAUAAAGAGCUUCACCCUGA